UUGUUGUACAAUCUCUGAUGAAUACUGUUCAAAGUCUUCAAACGAUGGUCAGCAGUUUAGCAACUAUGGUAUCAGCGAAGGAAUCCAAUCCAACCGCCCAAUACAGCCUUCAGAAUUAUUACCAAUCGACAGAGACGACUUGCUCACCUUCUACUUCGAGGAAAUUCGGAACAAAUCCCGAAGAUCUACCCCAAAUGGACCUCAUUUCCCCUUUGUUAAGGAAAAACAUAGUCGAAGAUGGCCAAAUUCAGAUGCCUAGCUCCCACUGCAGACAGCCAAUCUCAGCCCUGCCCUCCCAUGGAGAAAGUUCUUUGGAAACUUCCAGUAGGAUAAGUGCAUUAAUGUCAAGCUCAGUUUCAUCUUCAACUCAAAGUGUCUACCAUUCAGGACACCAGACAUACACCAAGUUCACUCAAAUGAACAAUUAUUCUCUAGUUGCCACUGAAGAUACUCUCAUGCAUUUUGCGACCUACUGCCUCGAUUCUUUGAACUUGUCUUAUCACACCAUAAAGUUAUACCUGUGUGGAAUUCGUUACUACCACUUAUUACAAGGUAUUCCUAACCCUUUCACCCUUGAAGACAAAUUACCUAGACUGCAAAUGCUGCUCAACGGAAUUAAACGACAACAAAAGCCUCACCGACCUAGCAGAAAACCUAUCACCACCGAAAUUUUACACGACAUGGUAAAAUCACUUCAACAAGGAAUUUUUACACAUUAUUCCGAUAUUCUGAUGUCUACAGUGUGCGUAGUGGCCUUUUUUGGAUUCCUCAGAUGUGCGGAGUUCACCUGUAAAUCAUCAUUUGACCCCGAAUGCAACCUGUAUUUCAGUGAUCUCGCUAUGCAUGAUAACCAUGCAGUUCUUACCUUGAAACAAUCGAAAACCGAUCCAUUUUGUAAAGGAAUUGACAUCAAAUUAUUCCGUACCAAAAGUACAGUGUGUCCAAUUCAACAAUUGUCAACAUAUUUAUCCAUGAGGAAUUCAACCUUUGCUUGCAAAUCUAACGACCCAUUGUUCAUCAUGGAAAACGGUAAUGCUCUGACCAGAUCUCGAUUCCUUGAAAUGCUCAAACAGCUCCUACAUUGUGCGGGACAUUCAGAAAGUGGUAUUACCGGUCACUCCUUCCGUAUAGGUGCUGCCACGUCCGCAGCCAAGGCACGCAUCGAAGACCACCUCAUCAAAUCAAUGGGUCGUUGGUCUUCAGACUCGUACUUAAGAUACAUCAGAACAGCCGAUUCUACGAUUCAACACGCCCAGCUAUCCAUGCUUCAUUCGCAGUGACUUCGUUAACAUGCAAACUUGAACUUAAUUCCGAAACCCUUUGCGAAGUUUCAUUUAUUUCUUUAUUCUAUUGCUAAGAUUCUGGAACAUCCAUGUAAAUAGAUUCUAUGCAUACGUUGUUUACA